AUGCAUCUCCCACCCCUCCCCAUCAUCCUCAUCCCCCUCCUAUCCACCCUCACAGCCGCCGUCCUCGUCGUCGAAACCUCCACCUCCACCUACACCGCCGCGGCAGCCACCUCUUCCUCUCCCUCUCCCUCUUCCUCCCCUUCCUCCCCCACCAGCUCCACACCCUCCGCAUCAGCGCAAUACACCUCCGACAGCACCUUCGAAUCCUCCAUCCUCAACAGCACCAACACCUACCGCGCCAACUACAACGCCACCGCCCUGGCCUGGAACGCCUCCCUCGCCACCUACGCCACCGCCUGGGCCUCGAAAUGCCACUUCAACCACUCGCACGGCGCCGCGGGCGAGAAUCUCGCCGAGGGCUACGCGAACGUGACGGACGCGGUCGACGCGUGGGGCCGGGAGGGCAGUCGGUACGAUUUCAGGAACGGAGGCGGGUUCAGCGAGUCGACGGGGCAUUUUUCGCAGCUGGUCUGGAAGGGGACGACGGGAGGUUGGGAGGGAGGUGGGGAGGUUGGAGGCGGAGGCGGAGGGGAAGGGGGAGGCGGGCGAGUAUCUGGCUUAUUUGGCGGCGAAGAUGAAUGGAGGGGGGAGGAAGGGGGAUUCGUGGGUGGGGUUGUUGACUGUGGGGGUCGGGAUGUUGACGGCUUUGUGGUUGUGAAGGACGCGCCUGGUGCGUGGGAGGUUGGAUUCAUGCCUCAUGAAUGCGUGUAG